AAAAUACUUUCAGGAAAAGAAACAGCAGUAUUGAUUGGAAUGCCAGGUCAUGAAACAGCAGCAGCAGCAGGAGGUGCCGCAGCAGCAGCAGGAGGUGUGGCUGCAGGAGGAGCAGCAGCAGGAGGUAUGGCUGCAGGAGGAGGAGCAGCAGCAGGAGGUGUGGCUGCAGGAGGAGCAGCAGGAGCUGCUGCAGCAGGAGGAGGAGCAGCAGGAGGAAGUGCUGCAGCAGGAGGAGGAGCAGCAGCAGGAGGUAUGGCUGCAGGAGGAGCAGCAGGAGCCGCAGCAGCAGGAGCCGCAGCAGCAGGAGGAGGAGCAGCAGCAGGAAGUGCUGCAGUAGGGGGAGGAGCAGCAGUAACAGUAGUAGCAGCAGCAGGAGCUACUGCCAAAGAAAUUGCAGAAGGAGAAACAGUAGUAGCAGCUCAAAGAGCAAUGACAAGUGUAAUGACGUUAGCAGCAGCAACUGUAGCCAGAAAUGCUGCUGCUGCAGGGAGAGUAACCACGUCAUGGAGAGUAGCAGCAGUAGCUGCAUUAGCAGCAGCAGCAACA